AAACGGCUCGUUAAUUUCCUCAGUUAGUGGCACGGGUUGUGGGGGGUCAUAUGUAAAGCACCAACCCGGCGACAACAUCGGGUGCCACAUUUUGGUGGUCUCGAACAUCCAUUGCACCUUUGCGCAACAGCCGCUUCUCCGCCGAGAGGUCCUCGCGUGCACAAAGGCAGCUUCCGAGAGGGCAGCGUCAGCGCGAGAGGCGAGAGAAACCACCUCCGGACCGCGUCCGACCAUCCCAACUCGAAAUCCAGCGUCGUUUUUCCAAAAGGUUCAUAAAGGAUGGAGGCUACUAACAGUGAAGAUCAGGGAAGCCUGACGAGUGAUAAAUGCUGCCAGACUGAGACACUUCAGGACUGCAGUUGCCAAACAACAGAAACCCCUCAAGAGCCUUGUGGCAAAAAUCCAGUACAUUCGAUUGAGCCUGGUGAUCCACCCCUGCUUCAAAAGCAGCUCCAGACAUCCAAGUCAGGAAUUCUUCAAAUCAUUGAGUGUUUUCGCUCAGGUACAACUCAACUCAAACACAUGCUGUUGAAGGAGGUUGACACCAUAUUUGAGUGCAAAAUCUGUCGAAGUCUGUUCCGUGGUCUACCGAAUCUGGUCACUCACAAGGAGCUCUACUGCUUUUCCCGACAACCUCAGUCAGAUGAGCCUUCACAAGGUGGGCAGAGCCAAGCCAUCAAAGAACUUCUUCAAGCCAUCUAUCCACAGAAAGAACAAGAAAAACAUGUAAUUGAGCUGGAAGCCAUUGAGACCAACCCCAAUGCAGUGUUUCAACACGUGGCAGUAGUGGAAAUUCAGGACACGCCAGAAACCCCAGCCCCUACCCCCGAGACCGUGAUCCCAAUACCUGAGAAGAAAAAUCGCCGCAAAUCUAUUUUGGCACCCAAAAAGGUCCAGCAGUCAGAUUUUGAGGACGAGAUGGAAACUGAACCUGAAGAACCACCUGCUAAAGAAGGUCAGAGCUGUGAAGAGCAAAUAAAGAUUGAGCCAGUAGUAGGGGAGGAAGAAGAAGAGGAGAGUGCCGCCUCUGAGAUAAAGGAGAUGAGGAUCUCUUGCUGUCUCUGUGGAAAAGACUUCAGCUCCAGACGCAGCGUGCGACGCCACUGCCGAAAAAUGCAUUGGCAGAGGAUGGAGGAGUUGCGCAAAUUUACAGAGACGCGCACCGUUCCCACCAGCCUGCUGUCUAUGGUGAAGGACAAGCAUCCUGCUGAACCACCACCUUCUCCAGGGAAGAGCUGCCCAGUGUGCAAAAAGUCCUUUGCCACCAAGGCCAAUGUUCGUCGCCACUUCGACGAGGUCCACCGUGGCUUAAAGCGGGAUUUGAUCACACCGGAAAUUGCCACAAGACCAGGCCAGCCUCUUUUACUUGAAACUCAACCUCCUUCUCCAGCGAAAGCUCCAAGCUCUCCAAUCAAGCAAGAAAAGGCACAGUACAACCUGACAAAUUGUCGCUGCAAGCUGUGCAAACGCAAGUACAGCUCCCAACUAAUGCUUAGGCGGCACAUGCGAAUCGUUCAUAAGAUACCAAUUCUAGAAAACAGCUCUCAGAAGGCCAAAUCGAAGCACGAGAGAAAAGAUAAGGUUUAUGCAAAGAAAGUGUCUCUUUCAAGAGCUUCAGAGGAAGAGGGAAACCACGGUGUGAGUUUUGACUUUAAGAGGAUCUACUGCUGGUUGUGUAAACGCCAGUUCAGUACUAGUCAGAACCUGGGCAAGCAUAUUUCCGAGCUGCACACCGAUGGAAACGAUAGCAUCUACAUAAAGUUUUACCGCUGCCCCAUCUGCAGAUACGAGUCACGCCGGAAGCGGGAUGUCAUCCGCCAUAUCACAGUGGUUCACAAGAAGUCGUCACGCUAUCUGGCUAAGGUUAUGCCUGCCUUGGAGAACCAGGCUGUGAAGAAACCAGCUGAUGCAAUCUUGAACAACUCAAACAAGAAACCAAAUUCGAAAGAAGAGGGUAACGGGAAGCAUAAAACGCAAGACCCACCAGCUUCCCCUAACAGUCGUCAACAAGAUCCUCUCAUGUCACCCAAAACAAAGAAACAAGAAUCCCCAACAUCCCCCAACACUCGAAAGCAUUCUGCGCUCACGUCGCUUAACACAGGCAAACUCGAGUCUCCGCUCACACCAAAUAGACAAGACAAGAACCUUCAAGCUACCAAGAACCCGCAUGUCACUCGCAGUCAUAAUGUUACCAAGGGUGCACCCAUCACCAGAAGCCAGGAGACCUGCACUGAGGUUAGGGUAACUAAAAACUUUUCCCUCCACGCAUGCGAUAUGUGUGGCCGGGCAUUUGCCAAAAAGGUCUACCUUGAGACUCAUAGGCGGAGACACAGGACUGCCAUCGCAAGUGGGGACAAAUUACAAGGAAGAAGCACUCGAUCAAAGGCCCUCAUUUGGUAGGUUCCUUCUUUGUUAUGCCAUUUAUUCAACAAGCACAUUAAGAUGCUUGCCUUAAAGCCCUAACCCUAAGCAUUAGACUUCAGGCUGUAACUCGUUAUGGACAAGAAUGGUAUCUCAAA